GACGUCACGCGUCCUACCGACGUUAGUCGGACCACGAUAUACUUACACCUCUGCAACCGUAAGCUGUCCUUCCUCAUUCUCUCUGCCGUGAUGAACAAUUGGUUCCCUAUUAUAUGAAGCAUUUGAUGAGAUCAAACGCCGGGAUUCCUGAGAUUCUAGCAGUUUCGAUAUUUCAGAAAUAAUUCUUUCUGACUACUUCAUUAUGAUUACAGGUCCUGGUCGAGGCGCUGCAGACGGUCAUGGUGGGACAAUACCAGCUUAAAAUCCUCGCACCUGCAUUGAUUAUUCUUUGCACGCUUACACAUGAUCUUCUCGCCACCGCAAAUCCACCAGUCCCAGCAAUAAUACAACGAGUUUGGACCUGCUUUAGUCGCCCGUUCCGCAACUUUUUGCAUCUGGAAGAUUUAGAAGAAUCGGCGAAGAACGUGGAUGAAACGCCAGUUGCGACGACACGGCUCCUAGUUGUUUUGGCUCUCUUCCAGGCCAUUGGCUGGCUAGGAUGUUUUGUAUAUGCUUGUGUCUCACGAGAUACUCCAACGAUAAUUAAGUCGAUCUUGGCCUCGCUUUCAUGGACAUAUGUGUGCACUAGGACCUUGGUCCGGCCACCUAGAACACCGCCAUAUCUUGUUAUUUCAUUUGCAGUCAUCCAUUUGUUCCUGCCUCUCGUAAACCUUACUAUCGAUGAUAUGUUAGGAUUAACCACUAGCAUUGUUUCUAUGAUAUGUCCGGCGGCUUUCGUAUGGCUCGCUGGAACCCUCCCACUUCGUGCCGUGCAGCCUGGUGAGAAUGUGGCCGCACCGAAAGAUAUACCUUCGAACACACAAACAUGUCCAGAGGACGGGGCCACUCUGUGGUCUUGGUGCUCCUUUACAUUUGUGGAACCUAUAUUUCAAAUCGCAAUGAAACGUACCUUAAAUGACCCCGAUGUUUGGAAGUUAUCACCAUAUUUUGGCCACAGGAACCUAUUCAAUAAAUACCUUGAAUAUCGGUCACGACACCCAAAACAUUCUCUUCUUUGGUUCCUGCUGGCCUCAAACUCGUUGGAUCUGAUCUUGGACGUGUUAUUAGAGCUCUGGAAUGCAGUCAUCGGAUUUGUCCCAGCCUACUCGCUGAAGCGGAUAUUGGCAAUCCUUGCAGACGAUUCAUCUGAACCAAAGGCGAAUGCUUAUUACUGGGCGUUGAUCACGUUUCUCGCUCACCUUACCUUCGCUCAAGUGGAUCUAUUUCAGCAAUGGCACACGCGCAGAUGUUAUGAAAGAACCAGAGGGCAGUUGUUCUGUGCUAUCCAUUACAAAGCCUUGAAGCGGCAGGACAUGACGGGGAAAACAAAACGCGAAGGGGAAGAGGAAAAUAAUGCAUCUCUUGGGAAGAUAGUAAAUUUGAUGCAAGGUGAUACCUAUGCGGUCGCUCAACGAUUCUGGGAGUUUUCGGGCCUUUUCGCAUCUCCCGUUCGACUUGUGAUAGCCCUCGUUUUCCUGUAUCAGAUCAUGGGUUGGAGUGCACUUUCAGGGGUUGUCAUCGUCCUCCUCGCGUAUGUGGUCAACUAUCCUCUCGCCAAAUACAACGUAUACCUGACAAGAAAGAGUUGGAAGGCUAAAGACGCCCGAAUGAAUAUGGUCAAUGAGCUUCUACAAAACAUCCGUUUCUUGAAGUUUUAUGGAUGGGAAAAUCACUGGGGUCGUAAAACUCACGAGCUUCGAGAAAAUGAGCUCCGGUGGCGCGUUAAACAAAAUGUUGUCGAUACUUUAAUCACAUUCGUAUGGACCUGGAUACCAUCGGCCACUGCUCUCGUCUCCUUCUUGUGCUACACCCUUAUUGCUCACGAACGUUUGACGGUCUCCGUUGCUUUUACUGCUAUUGCACUAUUCUCUCAGCUCCAGGGUCCUAUGACAGAGAUCCCGGGACAGAUAUUCGCACUCCUUCAUGCUUACGUCUCAAUGCAAAGGAUAGAACAGUUUCUCAAGGAAGACGAAGUACCUCAGUGGGCUUCAACUCUAACUAGAAUGCCUUCGAGUUCUGAUCAGGUCGUCGGCAAGCUUGGGUUCUCUAACGCUACGUUUCAAUGGCAAGCACCGCCCCAAUCAGUUUCUACACCCGAAGGCUUCACGCUAGGUCCUCUCGAUAUCGUAUUCCCAGAAGGACAAAUCACUCUUCUCAGUGGGCCGACCGGAUCGGGUAAAAGCGCUGUUCUCGCAGCUUUAUUAGGAGAGAUGGAGUGCGUUUCUGGCCGCGUGUUUAUUAGCAAGGCAAAUCAUCACGUCGCAUAUUGUGCUCAAAACCCUUGGCUGGAACACGCGACAAUCAGGGAUAAUAUCGUGUUUGCUUCGGAUUAUGGCUACGAUGAAGGAAGAUAUGACGCCGUUCUCGAAGCUUGUGCACUAAAACGUGAUCUGGAAGUGUUUGAUGCUGGGGACUUGACAGAAAUCGGUGAGAAGGGUAUCACACUUUCUGGAGGUCAAAGAGCACGUAUCGCGUUGGCGAGAGCAGUAUAUUCACAAGCGAAGUAUAUACUCUUGGAUGAUCCCCUUGCUGCGGUGGAUAUGCACACAGCUCAACACCUAGUGGAAAAAUGCUUCUCUGGCGAACUGAUUCGUGGCCGUACCGUCAUCCUCGUUACACACCACAUUGGGUUAUGUCUCCCUAUUUCAUCUUAUCUCGUCGAGCUCUCCCAUGGUGUCGUGAUCAGACAAGGUCCUAUUGACAGUUUUGGACACAGGGAGCUCCAAGAGGUCAUCGAAACGGAAGACUCACCGUUUGCAGAAGAAAAAAAGGUUGAAUCCAGUUCUUUGCCCGAAAAUGAAGCCGACGAUGGAAACACUAAAGGCGCAUCAAACGCUGGUCGUUCUGAUGGCAAGCUUGUGGAGGUCGAAGCUCGAGCUGAAGGACGUGUGUCACUUCGUACUUAUGUGACAUACUUACGUGCUGCCGGAGUUUGGACUUGGGUCCUGACGUUCUUCUUGAUGCUAACGAUCCGUGGUAUCAAUAUCGGAAACCAGUUCUAUGUGGCAGCAUGGGGGAGGGCAUAUGAAAGAUAUGAGACUAGCGCGUUCUUUGCAUGGUUCAUUUCAAAUUCCAUUAAAUAUCCUUGGGAAGACUUUCCUCCUCCCGAUGUCGAUGUCACCCCUUGGCUCUUGAUCUACUUCUAUAUUUCUCUCGUUGGGGCUUUUUCCGUACUGUUCUUCAUCUCCUUGGGCUACUAUGCUAGUCUCUGUGCUUCACGAUCAUUGUUCAUAUCUUUGCUGAGACGGCUGACUCGUGCCCCCGCGCGCUUUUUCGACGUCACCCCGAUUGGCCGAAUCCUCAAUCGGUUCACCACGGAUAUCAACACGAUCGACGGGGCGUUACAGAACUCGGCCAGAAGUUGUCUUUCAGGCAUACUGAAUUUCAUCGCAUCUUUCCUGGUCAUAAUGGUGGUUAUACCUCCUUUCGCGCCUAUAGCUCUUUUCAUUGCAUGGCUUUACAUUCGUUUGGCACCUCCAUACAUUCGGGCUUCUAGAGACUUGAGGCGACUGGAAUCGAUCUCCCUCUCCCCUGCAUUCUCUGGUUUUGACGAACUUCUACGUGGCCUGACACAUGUUCGAGCAUUCGGAAUGGAGCAUCGAUAUCAGAACGCAUUCUAUGCGAAGGUCGAUAAAUUCCAAUCGUUCGACCACGUUUAUUGGCUUGUCAACUGUUGGCUUCGUUGGAGAUAUGACUGUCUUGGUUCUGUGGUUGUUUAUGCCACCACGUUAUUCUCACUAUGGAUGAACGUCAACGACGGAUUCGCCGCUAUCGUCAUUGUUCAGGCAGGUAUAUUUGCCGAUGCUAGUCGUCAGCUGGUCAGAGUAGCGGCCCAGGUGGAGCUUGAUUUCAACAGCGUCGAACGGGUUGUAGAGUAUUUAGAAGUACCACAAGAGGCCCCGGCCAUUAUUGAAGGGAGGAGACCUCCUGCAUAUUGGCCAUCCAGCUACGGGAGCCUGGUGGUGGAUGACCUUACUGUGAAAUACGCACCUCAUCUUCCCGCAGCGCUUCGCAACCUGACUUUUUCUGUGGAACCCUGCGAAAAGAUUGGAGUGGUUGGGCGUACCGGUUCAGGAAAAUCCACUCUAGCUUUAUCUCUUCUUCGAAUGCUCGAGCCGCUGUCUGGUAGUAUAUACAUGGAUGGUAUAGAUAUCUCGGAAAUCGGUUUGGAAGAUUUGAGAACAAGGAUUACGAUCGUCAGUCAAGACGUCUCCCUGUUCUCCGGGACGCUUCGAACCAACCUGGACCCCUUGGGAGAAAACAGCGACGAAGACUGUCUGGAUGUGAUGAAACGCUGUCAUCUAUUCUCCGUGUUGAACCACAAGGGCAGCAUGAAUGAACACGACUUACUUGACCUUCCCGUGAGCCAGGGCUCGCUUAGUGGGGGUGAAAAACAACUGGUCGCACUGGCGCGAGCAGUCCUGAGGCGCACCAAUAUCAUCAUCAUGGACGAAGCCACCUCUCAAAUCGAUAAUGAGCUUGAUGAAAAUAUCCAAAGAACCAUCCGAGAAGAAUUAUCCUCGGCCAUUGUAAUUACUAUCGCCCACAGGCUGAAGACAAUCAUCGAUUCCGAUCGUAUCCUGGUUCUAAAUGGCGGAGAGAUAGCAGAAUUUGGGACACCACGAGAACUGUUGGGAGUGAAUGGUGGCAUGUUUAGGGAGAUGUGCCGCAGAAGUCCGGAUUGGUCGUUGAUAGAGGAUCGUUCAAAAUAGGCCUGUCUCGUGUAACGCCCGCUAUACCUAGAUCAUUUGCAAGAUAAGAUAAACAUUCGAAGG